AGGUAGGCUUAGUUAUUUUAGGCAGGCCGGAUAAAAUGAUUGGUCGUGCUUUUUUUUUCCACAGAUGACUUUUUAUGGAUUUUUUGUCAAAGCACUUACGAUAUUCAUUGCUAUCGGGAUGUUAAGAGCAUUCCAUGGAAUAUAACAAAAAGUAUAUCUCGAGCCGGUUUCUCAAACUUACCUACUCCACCUUUAAGCUUAAUAUAUUAACAGAAACCAGAAUAACAUGAUUAUUUUUCAUGAUUAACGCUAAAGGACACCCCGAGUGAGUCAUCUUGAUCUCAAUAUAGGAUCUUUGUAGCAAUCGUCACAACCGCUUCUGUGUUCGCUUCCGGUUCUGUCCCUUGCACUUGCUGAUAUAAAACCUAUGUAUAAAACCAGCAUUCUUUCACGGAGGACUCAACUGUCUCCACAAUGAGUCAGCUGAAGUCGUGUUUUCAUCAGCGGCUGCAGGCAGCAUCAGAGAAGAUCUUGGGAGAGGUGGAGAAACACAAGUUAGCUUUAAACGGAGCAAACCUUCAGCGACCAAAAGAAGAGCACAACAGUCAGUGUCAACAACUACACCAUCUGCGCCAGAUAUCAGAACCUCCACUGACUGGACAGGAAGUGCUGCAGGAGACCUCAAUACAAGCAGAGUCUAACCUGAGCACGGCUGAGGUCCCAGUCCUCUCUCAAACCAGUGCAGAUACAGACAACAAAGAUGGCAUCUACUGCUUGGCUCAGACAAACUUCAAAAUAAAAGAGGAGGAGGAAGAGGAAAUCGGAAAUGACACCCAAGCACCUGAAGUCAUUUUACCUUCUCUUGAAGGUAUGAAAACUGAGCUUCAAGUGAAUUAUGAAUUGCAGCCAAUCUCUUCAGACUUCUCUGCAGCUGACAGUGACAGCAUUGACGGUGACGAGGAGUGGCUUCAAAACAAAGCAGCGCGGACAAAGAAGAAGGGACCAAAAAGGAAGACUUUGCAAAAAGUGAAUUCUGAAUUGCAGCCAAUCUCUUCAGACUUCUCUCCAGCUGACAGUGACAGCAGUGACGAUGAUGAGGAGUGGCUUCAGAACAGAGGUGUGCAGACAAAGAAGAAGGGACCAAAAAGGAAAACUUUGCAAAAACAAAAUGGAAGCAUUAAGCAGAAGGACGCAGCAGUGUUGCCUGAUUGUCUUAUAUGUGGAAAGAAUUUCCAGCACAUCGGUCCCUUAAUUAAGCACAUUAAAGAACACAGGGAGACGAGUGAAUCUACGAAGAAGCUUUUAAGGUAUUUGCAUAGUGCUCAAAACCAACGGCUAAUUUGUGAUUUUUGUGGCAAGAAGUUCACCAACGCUGGGUGUGUUCAAUUACAUUCAAAAAUACACACAGGGACUAAAGACUUUAAAUGUCGAGACUGUGGGAAAACCUUUGUCCAAAAAAUGCAAAUGAUUGUGCACAUGAGGGUCCACACAGGGGAGAAGCCAUAUCAAUGUGAUCUGUGUGGGAAAGCAUUCAAUCAGAGACACAGCCUCAUUGUUCAUAAACGAACACAUACAGGGGACAGACCUUAUUCCUGUACGACAUGUGGGAAACAGUUUUAUACCCUUGGUCAUCUGAAAGCGCACAUGCAGCGUUUUUACGGGACAAAACCCGUCAUCUUGUAAAAAUUUUCAUAAAACGUUUUGCCAAAGCCGGCAGUUGAUUCGACAGAAGAGUGCACACCCAGGACACAGACUAACUUUCUUCAUGUGUGGAGCCUAAAUGCACCACUUGAUUGUGCGUUUUUCCUCAAACUGUUCAUAUGGCUGUCAAUAUUUGUUCCUUUUAAAAAAAAUUCCCUAUUUUUGCCCUACUGUAUGUACGAUCAACAACGCCUUAAAGUGGUAAAAUGUACGAUAAUUUGACCCCAUGUUGACACUUCAAAGACGUAUUCAUCAAUUGUUCAAUCACAAGGUCCCUUCCUUCCAAAUCAUACAGAUUUAAAAACAGUGGAGUGACCAAUAUGAUGUAACACAGACAGAAAUGCUGCCAUGAAUACUGCCUGAGGGGAAACUAAUUGCAAUUGCCACAAUAGGGUGAAUCUUCAAGCAUCAUACAAGUUUGCUUUCCAUCCUUAUUGUUUGUCUGAGAUAUUGGUUUGAAGCAUGUUCAUUUUAUUUGGCCAUCACUCUUUUUGUUUGCCCUCCAAAGUAAGAAUAAAAAAAGUGUUUGCAAUCCA